CCGAAAACUGACCUACCCACGCCAACCAAACGCAGGUCAGGUCAGGGGUCAGAUUAGGUUAGGUCACGCGGGCACAGGGAGGCAAAUGACGUUAACUAAGGGAUGUGGAGGUCAGGGAGAGGAAGGGAAAUGGUCACAGCCACAUCCCCGGCAGGUCACAGUAGGUGGUGUGGCCCAAUUUGUGGGAGGCGGCCAGCAUUAGUGACUCGGCACGUGGUCUGGUCGGCGAUCGAUUGUCGGCGAGCGUCUGCGUCUGCGUGAGGGUUCGACAACCAGGGCCGAUGGACGCAGCGCUGCCGGCCGUACGAGGCAGCCAUUCCGUUCUCUUUUCCCGUUUUCUACUCUUUGUUUUCAGACUCAGGACUUGUUUUCUGAGUUUAUGAGCCUCGCGUUUGGUUUCUAGGCGCCUAAGGAGUAUCUUGGGUGUGUCUAUUCUUCGUGGCAUGUCCUGAAUUAGCCGAAGUCCAUCAAGCAAAAGACACCGGCCCUGGAAGGCUUCAGUGACCCCGAACUCAGAGGAUCAAUAGUAAGGGAUCGAGGAGUGCACCAGACCCAGACGGCGCCGCGGGGGAACCUUAAAGCGUUUCCGAUCCUCCAUUCGAGUCAUAGAGGAUCCGUGAGUGUUCCAGAGGCUUAGGUUGUCGCGUCUAUCGGCCAGUGUUGACAGUCUUGCGAGGACCAGCCAGCCAGCCAGCCUUCCAGCCUCCUUGUGUUGCGUCUUAUCGUAGUGUUGUGUGCCUACCCAUGGCGGCGGCUCUGCUAUCACGGACGAUGAGAAUACACCUUCUGCGGUUGUUAGUCCCAUGCCUGGCGGUGCUGGUGGUGGCGAGAGGGGAGUUCACCCAUGACCGAAAGAGGAUGGGGCCGCUGGACGUGGUGCGGGCCGAACAUGGGUGUCUGGAGGAGUUUGAAGUGAGCGAGAGUACAAUCAUAAGGACGGCCGACUCGAGGGUGCUGGGGGCGGAGUUCCUCAAUGUGACGGACGUGGGGAACCGGGAAGACUGUCUGACCCUCUGCUGCGCCACCCGUUACUGCAACGUGGCGGUGUUUGAGGAGAAGCGCUCCGGGUCGUGCUACCUUUUCAACUGCGGGCGGCCGGAGGACCUCAAGUGUCAGUUCACGGGCCACUCCUACUACACCUCGGCCGUGCUCAGGGUCAACAGGCAGAAGCUGGAGCUCGGUUUGUGGUCAGAACAGAGCCAGCACGAGGCGGAGCUAACGAAUCUAAGCAAAGGGUUGGGGGACAUGGAGGAGGCGAUGCCGGGUCCAAGGGCACGCAACCUGUCCCCCACCACCCCCUCCCAGCAGUCCCCGCCGCCCCCGCCCCCGCCCACCCCCUCCCGCGUCACCAGCCCCACCACCACCACCACCUCCACCACAUCAACCACAACCACCACAACCACCACCAAGCCCACUCUGCCCCCCCGUAAAUGUUCCCGCUUCCAGUUCGAGUGCCACAGCGGGGAGUGCAUCGCCAUCUAUAACGUAUGUGACGGUAUUCCACAGUGCAGGGACAACAGUGACGAGGAUCCCAAGCUGGAGUGCCCCUCAGUGUCGACAGAAGGCGCGUCGUCAGUCAGUCGGCGUCUAGGGGAAGGCAUAGACGCUGGUGGGCCUGUCCAGGGCGGCGGCGGCGGCGGCGGUGGCGGCGGCCCCUGGGACAACGGUGGACCUGCCAGGGACAUGAGCCAGGGCAUGUAUGACGGCAGGAUCUUCAGGAACCGGCCCACGAUACUCGAAAAUUACGGCGGGUAUCAACAGAGCGGAAGUGCCUCCAUAUCCCUCCCUCACCCCUCUCAACCGACCAUCACCUCUCCUCUCCGUGACAGCAGCGCCGGCGGGAUUGGCAGCGGCGGCAGGGCCCUGGAGGACGAGGGGGCGGGGUACGGGGGGCGGGGACGCGGCGCUCCCUCCUACUUCGACGCCAAGACCAGGCCGGCGUGGACUGGCGGACCCUACAACACAGGCGAAGGCGGUGCAAGAGGCGGAGGGGGCGGAGGAGGCGGCAGCGGGGGUGACUACUUGGGGAACCCCGAGAUGCGUCCUCCCUUCCGCUACCCCGACUACGGCCCGCCCCGCUACCCCGCCCAGCCCCAGCCCCGCCUGCCCCAACAGCCCCAGCAACCCCUCCAGCAGCAGUACCUCCAGCCCUCACCGCACCAGCAGCAGCCCCUCCAGCAGCAGCAGCAGCCCCCGCCACCCCCGCCCCAGCCCCAGCAGCAGCAACAGCAACUCCUGGCGUCACAGAUGAACAGCAAUCCGGUGUGGAUGGACCGGCCGGGGGGGUACGCACCUCAGGGGGGGCUGGUGAGCGCGCCUAAGGACCUCCACGAGCAAAUGCAGGACCUCCACCAUCACCACGUCCCACUCCAGCAGCAGGGCCAGGAGUACCCGCAGCAGCUGGCCGGCGGCGCCCCCCAGCAGGAGAUGACUCAGCUGGGCGGCGGCCUCAGGAACACCGAGAUGGGCAUGGGCGGCGGGGGCAACGGCAGGGGACAACAAGGGGGCGGCGGCGUACCCAGGGGCUCAUCAGGGGCCUCGUCCUCCUCCCUCGCCUCCUCCCCCGUGCCACCCUCCACCCAGCCCCAAGGAGGCGGACAAAACACCACCACCACUAACACCACCACCAACAACAACAAUGGUGGAGGUGGUAGCGGUUCGGGUGGUGACGGCAAAGCUACAGACGGCGCUGGAGGGUCUGGCGCUGAAGGAGGCAAGAAGAGCGAAGUGGUCUCCUCCCAGCAGCAUCUGGUGAAGGCCGCCCACGCCUCGCUGGCUCGGCUGGAGGUUAACCUGGAGGAGCUGGAGGUCGGGGCGAGAGAGCAGGACGCGCAGGCCUCAGGGGCGGUGCUGGCGCUGGCGAUGGGUGUGUGCAUCACGGCCCUGCUGGUGGUGCUGGUCGGGUGUCGCCUCCGGGAGGUGAAGCGACGCCUCAGACGACACAGGGGGCCGCGCUCCCCCUACGCCCACGACGCCGACUACCUGGUCAACGGCAUGUACCUGUAGGGGCACGAGGGCCAGGGGGAGGAGGAGCAGGAGCGGCAGCAGGAGGAGGAGGAGGAGGAGGAGGAGGGCGAGGACGAGGAGGAGGAGGAGGAGUACGUGGUUAAUGAUGGGGAUGUGGAAGAGGAGGAGGAGGAGGUAGAGAUGAUUGUGAAGAGAUAUAUUGAAACGGAAUGUUAGAGGAAGAGAAAAAAAAGGAGGAGGUAAUAAGGCAGAAGGAGGAGGAGGAGGAGGAGGAGGAGGAGGUGGAUGUGGAAGAUUAUGAGAAUUGGUGGAGGAGGAGGAGGAGGAGGAGGAAGAAAUGGUUGUGAAGAGAUAUACUGAGACGGAGUGUUAGAGGAAGAGGAAGAAGAGGAAGAGGCAGUAAAGCAGGAGGAGGAGGAGGAGGAGAAAGAGAAUGAGAUGGUGAUGGAGGAAGAGAAGAGAGAAGUGUGUGUGUGUGUGUGUGUGUGUGUGUGUGUGUGUGUGUGUGUGUGUGUGUGUGUGUGUGUGUGUGU